CUAUCGGCUCAACACGUGCGCCGCGGCCAGCGGUUUAUAAAUAUUACAAAUUCCAGGAUGCACAACGGCGGAGGCCAUUCCGGCUGGAAUAACUCGCAGCAGGAGCGAAACCACCACAAUUCCAAUUCAAGUUGGUCGAACAAUGGACCCGCAAGUGGCCAGAACGGGAACGCCUUCAACAAAUUCAGGGAUCCCCAACAGCAGCCGAAUAACCAGCAGCAGCCAAGCAAGAGAGGUGGCAGCAGACGGAGUAGGGGAGCUGGAAGAGGUGGUGGGGGUGGAGGUGGAGGCGGCGGCGGCGGCGGCAGAAGAGGGAACCGCAACAGGGACUCCAAUAGGCGUGGCCGCAACAACUCAUGGCACAGCCGAGAACAGCAUGUCAGCCCGGGCCAGAGUCACAUGCUGUACUACGACAACGUUGGCGAUUUCACGGACGACCCACCAUUACCUACACAUGCUUCCUCACCUGCUCCCUCUUCGCUGAGGCAGGAGAGCCUGCCACCUGCCACCAUUGAUGCUGCUGCGGCAUCACCACCACCACCACCUGUUCCUGAGGUCGCUGUUCCGCCAGAAGAGCCUCCUGUCUCGCUGCUGAACAUCAAAAAGGAGAAGGAAAUGAUAAGACCGGAUCCACAGCCAAAACCCUUUGUCAAGCCGGAGCCCAAGUCUCCUAAGAAGAAGAAAGAGAGCUCUUCCAGUUCGUCAAGCAGCUCGGAGGGUGAGGAACUCGAGCCCGAACCCGGCGAGGUGAUGGGCAGCACCAAGUCCUCACUUGAGGCAUCCUCAUCCUCCCACAAAAAGAAGGCCAGUAAACUGGCAGUGGUAUCCACGCCCAAACUGAAGGCGGUGAAACCGGUUUCGUCCAGCGGCUCCUCAUCGUCGGACUCCGAUGACGAAGGGAGUCAGCCGCAACCGGCAAAAAGUAAAAAAGCGCUGAAGAAAAACGAAAACGAGGAGGAUGUGGUCUGCAUUGGCUCUCAGGAGCGCCAGUUUAUCAUUACAGAUGAGGAGGAGAGUAGCGAGCUGGAAGAUAAAGGCGACAAGAAGGCGGGAAAGGGAAAAAACAAGGGUAAAACCGUCGAUGUUUGCGGGAUCUGCGAUAAGAAGGGCCACACCUCCUUUCAGUGCCAGAUGAUCUGCCGGAACUGCUCUGGUCGAUAUCACGGCCUCAAAAAGUGCCCAAAUCCGCCCAACCUGAACAUUGCCAUGCAGUCAUUCAUGGAGUUCGCCAUGCAGCAGAUGACCGCCUUCCAUGGCGAGCAACGAUUCGCCUUUCCCGCUGGCACUGUGGCAGCUCCAGUUUCUGUGCCAGUUGCUUCUUCUCCAGCCAAGGCCAAAAAGGACAAAAAACAGUCGGUCAAGAAGGCAAAGAAGACGCCUCAAAAGAGGAUGAAGCUCGAGCCGAGGGAUGAAGAAGAGGAGGAUGAUGACGACGACGAAGACGAGGACAGUGCCACCGAAGCCAGCAGCGAGAGCGAGGAGUCCGAGUCCGAGUCCAGCGAUGAGCCGGCACCCGUGUCCAAGCAGAAACGAAAACGAGCCGCGAAGGUCGCAUCUAGUUUACCUCCUCAAGUGUUUCCGUUUCCCCUUUUGGGCGCUGCCGGCGCCCCUUACAACUCUAUGAUGUAUCCAUAUGGUCCGCCGUUCAGUUUUCCUAAAUAGUUACCACCUAAGUUAGUUAGUAGCGGAAUGUACAAGCAUAAUGUUGCCGUGUUGCCGUUUAAUGUGCUAACAAAAUGUUAAAUUGUAUAUCCCAUAAAAAGCAUUUCAAAUCAAAGUGGUCAGAUUGUAACCGAUGAAAAUAGAUUAAAAUUUGGUAAUUCAAA